UAGCGGCGUUGCCGCAGCCGAGUGGUGUCUCCUCCAAAUCAGGCCGGGACUGCCGCAGUUAAAGCAGCCUCCGGGCUCGCCCGCUAAGACCUGAACUAACGGCGGCGAUGCCGCCGUCCGGGCUACGGAGCUGACCGAGGGACUCGGUAUUCGAGCUGGAGGCUUGAUGUUGGUUUCUUCCGGAUCAUCCUCUAGGCUGCCUCUCCGCUUCCCCUACGCGAAGCUCGCCGAGCCCCGGCUCGGACGGUUAGAAAGAAGUCGUUUCUAGCGCUGCCCGGGUUUGCGUGGGGCAGGUUGAAAGCGGUGAGCCGGGCCUGCCUUGAUCCCGGAGCCGGGCCUGGCUUGGAUUGGCACCCCAGAAGACGAGGAGGUGGCGGCGGCGGUGCUGCCCCCGUUUCAAUGGAAGUAUGCUAUCAACUGCCGGUGCUGCCUCUGGACAGGCCGGUCCCGCAGCACGUCCUCAGUCGCCGGGGGGCCAUCAGCUUCAGCUCCAGUUCUGCGCUUUUUGGCUGCCCCAACCCCAGGCAGCUUUCUCAGAGACGUGGAGCAAUUUCCUAUGACAGUUCUGAUCAAACUGCAUUGUACAUUCGCAUGUUAGGAGAUGUACGAGUAAGAAGUCGGGCAGGAUUUGAAAGAGAGAGAAGAGGUUCUCAUCCAUACAUUGAUUUCCGUAUUUUUCACUCAAAUUCUGAGUUUGAAGUUUCCGUGUCUGCAAGAAAUAUCCGAAGGUUACUGAGUUUCCAGCGGUACUUGAGAUCUUCCCGUUUCUUCCGGGGUAUUACUCUUCCAAAUUCUUCAAACAUUUUAGAUGAUGAUUACAACGGACAAGCAAAGUGUAUGCUAGAAAAAGUUGGGAACUGGAAUUUUGAUAUCUUCCUUUUUGACAGGCUAACAAAUGGAAACAGUUUGGUCACUUUAACCUUUCACCUGUUUAAUCUUCAUGGACUUACAGAAUACUUCCAACUAGAUACAAUGAAGCUGCGCAGAUUUUUAGUAAUGGUUCAAGAAGAUUAUCACAGCCACAACCCAUACCACAAUGCAGUUCAUGCUGCUGAUGUGACUCAGGCCAUGCACUGUUAUUUAAACGAACCCAAGCUUUUCCAAUCUCUAACUCCAUGGGAUAUUCUGCUCAGUUUAAUUGCAGCUGCCACUCAUGAUUUGGAUCAUCCAGGUGUUAACCAGCCUUUUCUUAUUAAAACAAACCAUUAUUUAGCAACUUUAUACAAGAAUACCUCAGUAUUAGAAAAUCACCACUGGCGAUCUGCAGUGGGGUUAUUGAGAGAGUCUGGAUUAUUUGCACAUAUGUCACUAGAAAGCAGGCAGCUGAUGGAAAGCCAAAUAGGGGCAUUGAUUCUCGCCACUGAUAUUAGUCGUCAGAAUGAAUAUCUAUCCCUGUUUCGUACCCAUUUGGACAAAGAAGACUUAUGCUUAUUAGAGGAAGAUCAUCGGCAUCUUGUCCUUCAGAUGGCAUUGAAAUGUGCUGAUAUUUGUAAUCCCUGUCGGACCUGGGAGCUAAGCAAACAGUGGAGUGAAAAAGUAACCGAAGAAUUUUUUAAUCAAGGAGACAUUGAGAAAAAAUAUUGCUUAGGUGUGAGUCCGCUAUGUGAUCGACAGACAGAAACCGUUGCCAACAUCCAGAUUGGUUUCAUGACCUAUUUGGUGGAACCAUUAUUUGCAGAAUGGGCUCGUUUUUCAAACACCAAGCUGUCGCAAACUAUGCUUGGCCACAUGGGACUGAAUAAAGCUAGUUGGAAAGGUAUUCAGAGAGAACAAUCUAGCAGCGGUGAUGAUACUGAUCCUGCAUGUGAGGAAACAGACUCUGAUGUAGUACCUCAGGAACACAGAUUAUCCUGACCUCAGGAUCUGCUUAACAAACUGCUAUUGCUUGGUACCUACAGACCAGCGUUGGAGGAUAAAUUCUGCCAAGGUUUCAGUGUAAACAAUGUCAGCAUUAUUUAUUUCCAAUUGUUUCCUUUGAGAAAUCAUUUGAAAAUGGUUUUCAGUUACAAGACCUGAAUACAGAGCAAUAUGCAUAUGCCUCGGUUGGCUUCUGCAUGAAACCUUGAUUAUGCAACCCUGAGAAGAAUAUAAGUCUUGACUGAGAAAGUUCAAGAUUUGUUAUGUGCCACAUCAUUUGGUUUUUUAAAAGGUUUGACAUAAGACCUUCAAAACUGCCACAUGACAUGGAUGAUUCUUUUCCUGGAAUUUAGCAGGACUCCAUUCAAUCCUUGUCCGAAAUGUGGAGUGCCCAUACUUGGCUGCCUUGGGCAAGAACUGAUGUUUACACAGACUUGGAAACUGUAGAUUCAAAAAUAACCUUUUUGCAUGGCUGUGAACGAACCACUGAUUUUUUUUUUUUAAAUUAUCAAAUCUGAAACUGCAGCUCAUUUUUCUCUUAGUAAGAGAAGUCCCGCCGUGGGUUACAAACUUGGUUGUGUAUUGGGAAUUGAACAUUUAACAUAAAGCACAGCCAUGUUUUACUCCAGAGUAUGGGAAUGCAAUAUAGCAAGCAGAAAUACUUCUGAAUUUUGGGAAGGGAGGUGGGAUGGAGGAGAGGAAGAUCUUCAAAUUAUGUUAAGAUUCUAUGGUGAAAACAUUUGCAUGUUGUUUUUGCUAUUGUACACUUGAACUGCACAUGCAACAAAAAAGGUGGAAUGACUACCAGAAACAGCUCAGGGUAUUGCCAGUCUGAAAUAAAGUGGGAUGGAAAGCAUGUCCUUCAUAACAAGGGUACAAAAUGCCCCUUACGCUGCAGUGUGUGUGUGUGUGUGAGAGAGAGGGGGGGGGGGGAGAGGAUGAGUGAAUGAGUUUUUGGUGGGAUUGGGAAAAAAGGGAAAAUGGAAAGGACUCAAAAGGCAUUUUUUAAUUUAUUCUUUUUAGAAUGUGAUAUUUUCAUGAGCAGCCACGGGGGAAGGGGAACUGAUAGGUUGUUACAGCUGCCUUAAACUAUGCACAAAGCUAAGUGACCAAAUUUUGUUGAUUGAAAAAGUGCAUUGUUUACUUAUUCCCUCCCUCUAUUGAAAUGUUACCCAUCCUGGGUUUUUUUGAUGUGAAAAGGAGAAAUGUUUUUAAGGACAAAUUUUAAGGACUAAUUUUUAAUCUUCAAGCAUUCCUUUUUUUGUAAGUUUUAAGUUUUAAGUACUGUAAGCACAAAUGUAAUCUAUUUUGAGAAACUGGUGCUUUAAUUUUGUUCAUUUGUAUUUUCCUUGUUUUUACUGUAAAGACUGUUUUGUUCUGUUUACAAUUUGCAACAGCCAUUUUUGGGAGAGAGCUUCAGUGUAAAGCCAUUUCUUAAAGGCUUUGCCAUCCUCAUGUUAAUGUGCCUGUUGCUGUUAAUCUUUGAUUAAUAAUAAAAACUUUUCACAUUAUCUGGAGUCUAGUUUGAAAGGUGGAGAAACAGUCAAGAUCACGUUAAUCAGAGAACUUUUCUUAGUUGCUUUGGACUCUAUAAGGGCUUCUUUUGUGGUCGUUUUCUUUGUGGUGCCUAUGCAGCAGAUAUACAGCACUUAAACCAAACUGUUCCAAAGUCACGGAAAAUCUUUAGUGGGAAGCAUAUCCUAGGGCCCAAAUUCCUGGGUGUGGGUUCAGUUAUUUCCUCAGUCUCUUUUCAACUACAGAACCAGCGCCAGGAGCCUUUUAUUUUAAACUCAGGUGCACGGUAGGUGUUUCAAGGUAGGAAUAUGAGAGGGGAAGAUCUAGGGUCUAGGCCAUCAUUAGGCAUGGAAGCUCACUAGGAGAUUUUGGGACAGUCACUCUUCAUCAGCCCAAACUUCCUCAAAGGAUUGCUGUUAUGGGAAACUAAG